AAACUAUUUUUGUUAUUCAUAUCAGCAUACAUUUUGAAUUAAUAGAACUUAAAAUAUCCUUUUCACUAGUGUCGGAAUGGUUUUAUAAAUCAGGUGUAUUUUGUAGAACUAUAACUGCAACAACAAAGUGAUAAAAUUCGAACUAUUAAUACGCUUAAUUAGACAAUAUAAUGUUUAGCUGAACAAUAUUUGGCUAAAUACAUUUAAAAAAAUAAAGUAUACAACAAAUGACGUUAUAUAAGCAAAGCUUUUUUAAAAAAAAUGACAAUGGAACUGUUGCUGAAAUUUAAAAAUGGGAAGUGACAAAGGGUGAGAAAAUGAAUGAGACCUUAGGACGAGGGUAUGCCCGCAUCGAUGCCAUCCGGGCAGCGCGGGGCGAGCCGUUCUCCACCCUGGUGGAGUCGGGUGCUCCGCCGCCGGACAGACUCUUCAUUGUCUACAUAACACUGUUCCUGGCCGGGGCAGCAUGUUUGCUGCCAUUCAACGGCUUCAUCAUAGCAGUUGAUUAUUACCAGGAUCAGUACCCGAACACGGCCAUAAUAUAUGAUAUAACUACAGUGUACAUAUCAUCGGCCUGUGUUGCAGUUGUCGUUAAUAACCUGUUGGUAUACAUUUCACAUUAUACCACACGCAUCACAUUUGCCAUCCUGUUCACGCUAUGCACAAUGCUGUUUGUAACGCUAUGCAACAUCGGUUGGGACAAGUUCUCUCCACACGUCUCUUACAAUAUUAACCUGAUAGCUAUAGGGUUUAUUGCAUUCGGUUGUACCAUCCAGCAGGCUUCAUAUUAUGGAUUCACAGGCUGUCUGCCGCCAAAAUACACGCAAGCCGUAAUGGCUGGAGAAAGCGCUGCUGGUUUCUGGGUGUGCAUCGAUCGAAUUGUAACAAAAUAUUGGUUUCCAUCGCCGCAACGCAGUACGUUUGUGUUCUUCGUAUUCUUAAUCCUAGUUCUCAUGGGACACUCAUUGCUCCAUCACGUUAUGAUGCGACAACUCUUCGUCCAGUACUACAUGAAACUUACGAAAGAAUCUCAACGUAGACGGCGUAUCCAAUUGCAUUUGACUCCUCACGACGAUACGACUUUGAUGGAGAAUGAAACUGCGGAAGCCAAUUUUGGAGUUCUUAAAUUGCAAAGCCCAGCAGUUUCUAGUGCUGGAAUUAAUGGACAAGCUGAAGGCGAAUCUAGCAAAUUUAGUUUUGCCAAUCCCGUAUAUUCACCGACUGCCACCAAUCCAGCGCCCAUUGCCGAGGGAGAGCCUUCGUCUGGAUCUCCUUCUACUUUGAGAACUCCAAGACCAUCGUAUAAGGUUGAGGAUGUUGUGACAGAGUCUCCAGGAAGACCCACCACAUGGAAAACUUUCAAACGUGGUAUGCUAAGUCGUUGGGCCGUAGCUCGUGCAAUAUAUCCGUAUAUGGUCUGCAUAGGACUAGUUCACUUCACUACGAUGAGCUUGUACCCGGGAAUCGCUUCAGAAGUACCAUCAUGCCGCCUCGGAUCCUGGAUGCCUGUCGUACUAAUGACAGCUUUUAACUUAUUCGACUUGAUUGGUAAAACUGCAGCAGCAUGGCCGUAUGAAUGGAGCCGUAGUCAGUUGUUGAUGGCGAGUGGCCUAAGACUGUUAUUAGUACCACUGGUCUUACUAUGUGCUGCACCCAGACAUUCGCCUCAUAUAGUUGGAGAUAUAUAUUCCAUAAUGUUUUCGAUCAUUCUGGGUUUUACCAAUGGUCUCUUCGGGUCAGUUCCAAUGAUGACGGCGCCUACACGCGUUGGAAGGGAAUACAGAGAAAUAGCGGGUAACGUGAUGACUCUUUCAUACAACGGAGGUCUGCUGUCUGGAUCGCUCGUUUCAUAUCUCUUAUUGGGCAUGCUGGGUCCCACGGGAGAGUCGCCGUGCCGAGUAUACCCCACCCCGAUCCUUCCCACUCUCCCACCAGCCCCACCACUCGCACCGCAUCCAAUUCACAACGACACAUAUCUAUCUGUCUUGCACUAAUUAUUAAUAUUAUAUAUUAAUGCACUACUAAUAUUUAAUUACCAAAAAUAAAUGAAUAAGAAAUGUAAUAGGAAGUUCAUGAGUAUGACGUAUUUUCUCUAAUUCUGUCUUGUGCAGUUUAUACAUAUUAAUUAUAAUUAGUUUACGAUGGCAGAGUUAUUACAUUUAAGGAUUUCAGGAAUCCUACGUAACAUUAUAAACAAUAUACUAUGUACUUGAAUUUAUCUCACCGUUUAUGGAUUACGUAGCGAUUACGGGCGUAUUUUAAAUGUAAAAACACAGAAACACGAACCAACGUUAGUGUCACCAAAGUUCGGUUUUUUGGUGGAAUAUUUUUAUUUUUCGUCGAAAUCUCUGACACCUGCAGUACAGAACAUUUUUGGUAAUUAAAGUAGUGUGACCAUCCACUAUGUGUAAAUAAAUACUAGCAAAAAAAUUGAAAUAAUAAUGAAACUAAGUCCGGGUAAAAAAUUAUAGUACCAUUUCUAGCAUUCAUUAUUUCUGUGUAAUUUUUAGCGUAAUUCUAAUUACUAGCAUCGCUUGAAAUUGAAAUUGAAUUAUUGACUCUCUUAUUAAAGACUGAAUCAUUUUUUAACUACAUUUUUAAAUAGCUCGGGUAAGCGUUUAUUUUUUCUCAAGAAUAUAUUUCUAAGUCUUCAAUAUAAAAGUACGCUAAUACUUUGACUGAUUAUGAAUAUUGAAAGAAAACAAUGGUAUAAAUACGAAUUCCAGUUUCAUAGUGUUAAAUGCAAACUUUUCACAUUCCGUGCAGUAAUUACAAUCAUGAUUACCAUAGCACGAUUAAACAGGAAAGUUAAUAAUUAUUAAUCCGACAAGCAAAUGACCCAAUAAUGAUAAUUGUAAAAUGGCACUCAACACGCUUAUAUGUAUCUUUUUUUAUUUAAAUUACUUAUUUAUUAGUGACAUUAACCUCACUUGUCGAACAACACAAUUUAUUGAGUAUUUAUACGCUGAUAAUAUCAGAAUUAAAUUAAUUAAUUAUUAAUAACUUUAAUUAAUAAUGGCCUAGAGCAAAAACCUCAAUUCACGUUGCACUAUAACUACUUAAUACUCAUUAAUUUUAUCUACCCUUGCUGCACAAACAU